GGCGUGGCCGGUUCGGGAAAACGGCUCGCUCAGUCGACGCGAGGUGCACGCAACGGGGAGGACCGGUCGGCGUGCGCUGGGCAACGCGUUGUGACGCCCGACUCCGCGAGAAGAUCUCCGACACGACUCCAUCCACCACGGCUGUGACUCCCAAGCAACGCGGCAGCAGCGCUGGCGCUUCGGCAACCAUGCCGAGGCCCGGCCGGUCGACGUACGGAGACCAGAAGCCGCCCUACUCGUACAUCUCGCUCACCUUCAUGGCCAUCCAGAGCUCUCAGGAGAAGAUGCUCACGCUUAGUGACAUCUACAAGUUCAUCAUGGACCGCUUCCCCUACUACCGCAAGAACACGCAGCGGUGGCAAAACUCGCUCAGGCACAACCUCUCUUUCAACGACUGCUUCAUCAAGAUCCCGCGCAGGCCCGACCGGCCGGGCAAGGGCAGUUACUGGGCGCUGCACCCAGCCUGCGGCGACAUGUUCGAGAAUGGUUCGUUCCUGCGGCGACGCAAGCGCUUCAAGCUGCCACGCCAGAUCAAGGACGCCACGGCUGUGGCGCUAGCCGAGCUGAAGCACUACGAGACCGUGUCGCAGAACGCCAUCCAGGAACAGGCCAAGAUGCGCCUCACCGCCCUGGCUGCGGCACCGAGUCACCUGCAGGGACACCACGCCGACGCCCUGAGGCACGGAACCGUGCUGCCCAACUACGCCAAGCAAUCGUUCUCCAUCGAGAACAUCAUCGCACCAGACGGCAAGAACUUCAGCGGCGUGCUGCCUCCGAGUCCCCCGUACACGACGUCGCCGCACGCGCCGCCCCACUUGAGGUCCCUCCCACCAUUCCCAUGCUCUCUGCCUUACGCGACCCAGGCGUCCUGGCACUCGACAUAUUCCAGCCUCGUGGCAGCCGCGGCCGCUGGCCGGCAAGACCUAAACGGCUUUCUGUGCGGGGCGAAGGUGCCGCCCGGUCACUACCCCCUCGCCGGCGUCGUGCCUGUGCCGCCAGGCGCCGGGAUGCCGUUUUCCCUACCGUCGCUGCCCCUCAAGCCGCCGGCUCUUCUGCCGGCAUUCCAGUUCCCAGGCCUCACAGCCGAGCAGUCUCUCUUGACAGCACAGAUGACAUCCCAAAUGACGUCGGCAGCAGUGACAACCACGAGGGUGCCGCCGCCUCCCAGACCGGACUCGGCGUCUAGUGAUAUAUCUUGCAGGUCGCUAGAUGUGGUGUCGGACGAAGUGGCGAACGACCCCUGUUAGUGACGUUUCACCCCUUCCUACGAACUCUGGUUCGAGCGCCACACUCCGCCGGCGUGGCCCACGAACAUUAUUUAUAAGGCGUGAGACGACUACCGUUGUGACUUGUGCAGCACCAGGUGAUGUGGAUGUGUGGAUGUGUGUGUCUGUGCUAGGUGUGCGUGUAAAUAUUUUUCCCUGGUGUCUCCACGUGAGCACUGGGUGCUUUGUAUAAAUGUACAGAUGACUGAAUGAAGCGUACGUUGGACGAAUCGAGAAGCAAUGAAGAAUGCAGCGGCGAGCGGAGAGUUAGCGCGAGCCUGCGACUCUUCAAUAUAGUUCCUUAUUUCUGAUAAUUCUCAAGAAGCCAAAGCGUUCGAAGCCGGCUUUAGUUUGAAGAAAUGAGAAAGAGCAUUGUCAAGGUGGAAAAUCAGGGCGAAGACCUCACAAUGGCACGUCUUGGAAACAGCAUGACUCGCCUCACAUGGCAGCAGCCUUCUCAGCACUCCAAACAGAUAGAUCUUCAGCGUGUGUUGCAUGUUCUCAACGGGCACCGCCAGAAAGCAUCCUCCCAUCGACAUAAUUCUCGCACGCAUCUUCUGCAAAACCACGCGGAGCUCUGUUCAGCAUAAACCAGCCGACAGGUCACCUACUAUAUACAACAGUACGCUUCUGGAAGACGCAACGAAGAACGGUAGGCAAAAGAUUUUCAACAAAGACGGUCUCUUUUCUCUCGAAACUCAAACAGUUCCUUUCUUUCACCCGCCGAAAACGAUCGAGGCCCUCGCGAGAACGAAAGCACCGUAGACACAAUGCACUCUUUCAUUCUCGACUUUCGUUUACGGACACGCGACGCCCCAAGGCAAGCACGCAUGGCAGCAAGCAGUUCUUCAAAAUGGCCACUGUUCGACAAAUACAUUGCUCUCUCUCUCUCUCCAGCUUCGGGAACUCAUCGGCCCUCUCAGACAGCGUGGUGCCUUCCUGCUUCAAAAAAGUCAACCGUCAGACACGCGGGCAAAAAGGAAAGGCGAAGAAGAGGGACUUCUCUCGCGAGAUGAUCCUCCCAGCUGCACGUGCAUGUCCCCGAACGAACGGUGUGCAAACGCCACAGGAGACACAGUGCCUCGGUUUUUCCAUCGAAGUGCCGCCAACCCUGCCCGGGCACAACGCACGUAUUCGCUCACCGCGGACGCUCCCUCCCACCGAGCAGCGUCGUCUACGUUCUGCAGGUGCGUGCCCAUCGUUUUCCUUCUUCUGAACGAUAAAAGAAAGCCUCGGUGCCCUAAAAGUCAAGAGAAGAACAAGCCCCGAAACGGGCACUGCGUGUGUGUCAUCCAGCCGCGACAAUAGAAGAGAAAGGCGCGAAGAUACAAGGACGCUAGAGAGAGAGAGAGAGAGAGAGGGAGAUGCCAUGCACUCUGCCGGCGCCGCUCGACACCCCCGCCGUUCCGUUAUUGUCCUCCUCCGUUUGCUCCUGGAAGGAAUGUGGACUUUCUCGCCGUUUUAAAAGAAGGUGCAUGCACCUAUGCGCAUGGUAUAGACCCCUCUACACGCGCUGUCUGUCCUGGUCACCAGCCGCCAUGGUGACACCGCCACCACCCCCUCCAGAAUCUGAAGAAUCGCGAACUACCCGCUGAGAGAUACUGUGCUGCAUGCAGUGUGCGCGCACCGCAGGAAGAACACAGGGGACACAUUUCUUUCGUUUCCGUUCCCGCACAGCACUGUGAGAGGAGAACCAAGAGAGAAAAAAAAAAGAGUAUGCUGUAUAGAAUAGCGAUGCCUUCCCCAGUUCUAGCAUAUUGGAAAGUACAUGCGCAUAUACACGUUGUGCCCCUCUAAAUUUAAGCGCUGCUUUCUUUCCUUCGUGCAUUCUGUCAAGUCUCGCUCACCUUGUAUGGUUGAAAGGAGCUUGCUGUUAAAAACUGCCUGUGCUAUCAUUUUCGCGAGUGUUUUAUCUAAAUGGUCUAAGGAAAGCUAUGAACACGUCACAUAGUGCAGUUGUCUCUUGUCACGAACCGACUCCCGGUGGUUCAAAUGUCGGCGUAGGGUCUCCUUGAUCUCAUACUACGUGCUACACAUCAUUUUGCAGCAUUUUCUUACUGUUAAAACUUGUAACCUACGAACUUUGCAACUUGAUUUCUUUAAAAUGAGGAAUCUGUCACCAUAGUAAACAAUCAAAAAAGGGAACCACCAUGAAGCCGCAGCUAAGAAAUUACUCUGUUCCAUAAAUUUGGAUAUCCAUGCCUUAUUUCUUUUACCAUUGGUUUCAGCGUAAUCUUGAACUCAAGUGAUUUGUACCUGCAGAAGAACUCAUGUCAUGCACUCAAGGGCGUUCAUAUUGUCGUCGUAUAGACACGCAGUAAACUUUCUAACAUGUCUUGUCUUUGUUAUUGGCAUGAAAGUUCUAACCACAUCAUUAGCAAAAGUGUGAAGACCAUACAAAAACGAUUACCUUCAAGUGCGUGCAUUGUACGUCACUCUUCUCUUUAUUGUUUUGUUAGGUUGAGUGCGAAGUGACGACCGUACAGCGUAUCACAUUUAAUGGUUCUGUGCACACGGCCCCACCCAAGCAGAUUGAUCAUGCAUAAUACAUACCGCAUCUGAGUCACAAAGCAGCUUUCGAAUCGGGGCGUAUAUGCUCACUUACUGAAUGCACACAAUGCAUCGCAAACGGUAGCCGCCCAAACAUCGUUUGCGUGCUCUUUGAUAACCGCAUUAUCGCCGCUAUUUGUCCGUUCCUUUGCAAUCUGUAUCCCGUGUUGACUCACUGGAAUCGCACUGAUUAACGGUGUCGAAAAACACGCGUGCGCUUGCAGCGGAAACCUAAAGAUAAACAACUCGAUGUCGUUUGUACUAUCAGUGCCUUACAAACGUACAAACGCAUGCCAGCUGGCAGUUUUUUUUUCUUCAACGUAUCAUACAAGGAAGGCAUUCCAUAUAUUAGACUUGGAAUCAGUGGUUGAUACAGACUCACACUGCUUGCUAUAAAUGAAAGCUGCUUGAUUGCCAGAAAGACAACUUUUUGCUUGGUGUUAAAGAACACAACUGCCUAUAUAGACAACUCGCGCGAGCGACAAGUCUGGAAGAAGAGCACAGCCUGUAUACACUUACUUUCGAGCAAAAAUGGUUCAAAACGCCUGCGGUCGCCAGGUCACACCAACACAAACUGCACGAAAAUGCCAACAAUGUCGGUGGUAUAUUCAGUGAAUCUGUCACUUCUUCAAAAGAGUUUAUCAGUGACCGAACUUCCAUUGGCUCUUUCCUGUUCAGUGUGAUAUUUGUGUUUGUUGUCUAACACGAGCGCACAUAAACAGACGCUAUAUUGCACAUGCAGUGCAGGACUGUGGUGGGCAUCGCUAGUCAUUUGGAUUUAGCAACACACGAUGGAGUACACUGAGAAAUGGGCACGCUUCGAGCUGUUGAUGUUGUCAUGUUUAUACCCUGUAGAAAAGUUUGUAAAAGCGAAAUAAAAAAAAAUGGUUCACGUGUCCAUGAACGUUGCUUGAGAAA